AUGGCUGGGAACUCGUCAGCGUCCUCGCCGCUGCUAGGGUCUCGAGCAACAUCACCCCGACCGCGUGUACCGUUUUACGCUGCACAGCGAGCCGGGACAGAUCAAGACUCGGAAGUGCCAGAACCAUUGCCGCGAAAAGAGGAUCUCAUACGACGCGCCUUCUACUACAUUCCCGCGCUUGAUUGGCUGUCCAACUACUCUCGCAGCUAUCUUCUAGGCGACUUGGCCGGCGGCUUGUCCUUGGUUUGUGUCAUUGUGCCCAUCGCGCUCAGCUAUGCCUCCAAUCUUGCCAAGAUUCCUCCAAUCUACGGUCUAUAUGCAGCAGCCAUCGGGCCCUCAGUAUAUGCCAUCUUUGGCAGCUGUGCACAGAUGAACGUUGGCCCAGAAGGCGCGCUCAGUCUCCUGGUGGGAGAGACAAUCAGGAGUCUUCACAAACAACACUCUGCAGCGGAAUCUGUCGUGAUCACUGGCGUUGUCACUUUUCUUGCGGGUAGCUUGGUGUUUGUGGCCGGUAUCUUGCGCCUUGGGUUUCUCGACUCUGUACUGAGCCGCUCUUUGCUCCGUGGCUUCAUCUCGGCGGUCGCGGUCGUCAUCUUCUUUGAUCAGAGUAUCACUGUGCUAGGGUUGAACAAGGUGGCGAGUCACAUGGGUGUCUCGCACUUUAGUCCGAUUGAAAAGGCUUGGUUUGUGCUGACCCAUCUCAGCGCGACACAUCGCCUCACGGCCCUCUUGUCUUUCGCUACUGCAUCUACGCUAUUUGUCACGCGUUGGCUGAAGCGACGCCUGUCGAAGCACUACAGCUGGGUUAUCAUCAUCCCUGAUAUACUGCUUGUAGUCAUGGCUGCCUGCAUCUUGACAGCCUCCAACAGGUGGGACCAGCAAGGGAUAGCGAUUCUUGGUCACAUUGAGGCUGAACUGGUUGCACCCAAGAUACCCAUUCGUUCUUUCAAGUACGUGCGCUCAUGCAUCUCAACCGCCAUUCUCGUCGCUAUUCUUGGAUUCUUUGAAACAGUGGUAGCUGGCAAGACACUCGGCAAUAUGUAUAACUACACAGUCAGCCCAAACAGAGAAAUGAUUGCUCUUGGUAUUGCCAACAUGGCCAACAGCUGCUUUGGAGCGCUACCCGUCUUUGCAUCUUAUUCCCGUUCUAAAAUCAACAUUUCUGCAGGUGCACGCACCCAAAUGAGCGCCAUCUUUUCCAGCAUUGCUAUUCUUUUGGUCAUCCGCUUCCUUAUGCCCCUGUUUUACUAUCUGCCAAAAGCAGUUCUUUCCAGCACAAUCAGCGUCAUCAUGUUCACAUUGCUGCAAGAGGCGCCAGCUGAUAUUCGCUUCUUUUGGAAGGUCAAGGGCUACGCAGACUUGAUGCAGAUGGCCCUGGUCUUCUUCUUGACUUUGGUCGCGUCGCUAGAAUUUGGCAUUACAGUCGGAGUCAUUACCAGCCUGAUUCGGGUCAUCAAGCAUUCGCAAUCGCCACGCAUUCAAAUUCUCGGCAGACUGCCAGGCACGAAGGAAUAUGUCCCUGUUGAUGGACAAUCGGAAGAGGUUGAACAUGUUGAUGGCUUCCUCAUUGUUCGAAUUCCAGAACCCUUGAUUUUUGCCAAUACCGGUCAGCUCAAGGAUAGACUGCGUCGUCUAGAAAAGUAUGGAGACUCAAGGAUGCAUCCAAGUAUGCCUGCAAGUCGAUCUCCGGCGCACAACGAGCGCAUCAUCUUUGACUGUGAAGGCAUGUCAGGUCUCGAUGCAGCAGCUGCUCAAAUUCUGGCAGAGAUUGUAGAUGGCUACAUUGAGCGAGGCAUUGCAGUCUACUUUGCCAGACUCAAUCGUCGGCAAGCCAUGACUUGGGCGCUCAUCAAGACGUCAGGCAUCUACGACAGGGUGGGUGGAGAGAGGUGUUUUGUCAAGUCUAUUCAUGAGAUUAUGGAAGGCACAGGCAGCUCAACACCGCAAGGCACUAGCACAGUCGCUGUAUGA